AACAACUUACAGAUGUUUGCCUUUCUAUAUGAAUUAGGGAAAGAUAUUAUUCAACGACAUAAAAUAGAAGCUAAAUCACAUACUGAUGGGUGUUUAAAAAGAAACAUGGUGCAAGAUGUUUGCUGUGUGUCAUCUGGUUUCAGCUUGCUCGUGCCCUGUGUGUUUAGGGAUUCUCCAGCCUAAAAACAGCAAUGCCACAGGCAGAGCUGUGAUGAAUUAUGCCAGCAGUGGCAGACCCCUAUGGUUGCUCCCUCCCAGUUAUGAGAUGUCACUUGUGCUCACAGGCGACUGGCCCCCCAGCAAAGCCUUCCGGGAUGCAGCUGCAGCCGUAUCAGCCUGUGUCAGGGCUUUCCACUGUAGUGCUGCAUUUGGAUGUCACCCGGCAGAGAGAGCCCACAGCUCGCUCCAAAACGCGCUCCCGUUUGACCGUUCUUAAUGUCCGAGAGGCAUUAUGGCGUCCACCGUGCAGUGGUUAGCGGCCGGCCUGGCCCUGAUGUGUUUGUGUGGCGAAGGUGAACCCAAAAAGACUGUGAAAUGUCCUUCAGGAUGCUCCUGCUCCAAGGAGACCGUGAUAUGCGUCGGUGCGUCCCAGAUCCCCCGGACCGUGCCCAACGAGAUCAACUCGCUGAGCGUUGUAAAUGGAUCCAUUGCGGAAAUCACUGAGGGGAUGUUUUCACUCAUGCCUUUUCUUCAGCUGCUGCUUCUCAAUGCCAAUUCCCUGACCACAAUCAAAGAUGAUGCUUUCUCUGGUUUGUCUCAUCUUGAAUAUCUGUUUAUCGAGGGAAACAAGAUUGAGACAAUCACCAAAAAUGCCUUUCGGGGUCUGCGAGCUUUGACUCAUCUCUCCCUUGCUAAUAACAAGAUGAGGUUUCUGCCAAGAGAUCUUUUCUUUUACUUGGAUUCAUUGCUGGAACUGGAUCUACGAGGCAACUCGUUCCAGUGCAGUUGUGAGAACAAGUGGUUGAUGGUAUGGCUGAAAAACACAAAUGCCACGGUGUCAGAUGUCUUCUGCGCAGGCCCCAGUGACAUGAAGGGGAAGCGGCUCAAUGACCUUCCUAUCCCACCAGGCGAAUGCAUUUCCACAGACUUUGUGCGUCAUCAGUCCAUUCCCAUUCAGUCCAUGUCAGCGGACAUCUUCUCCUUUAAAGAGGACAUCUAUGUGGCGAUGGCAGCCCCAAACACCAACAGCUGCAUGAUCAUGGAAUGGGAUCACAUCGAAUUGAAUUUCAGAAAAUUUGACAAUAUAACAGGUAAAUCUGUUGUUGGAUGUAAGUCGGUUCAGCUUGAAAACCACGUCUUGAUCAUAGUCACACAGCUCUUUGGCGGCUCCCACAUUUAUAAAUUCGAUGACCAUCAGAACAAGUUCAACAAAUUUCAAACAAUUGAGGUCUUCAACAUCUCAAAGCCAAAUGAUAUGGAGGUCUUUCAAAUAGACGGUGACUGGUUCUUUUUGAUCGUGGACAGCUCCAAGGCGGGCCUCUCUACUCUCUACAAGUGGACUGACCGACCAGACCGCAAUGAAACUGGUUUCUAUUCCUACCAGUAUCUUCACGAAUGGUUUCGUGAUACAGAUGCCGAGUUUGUUGAAGUGGACGGAAAGUCUUACCUAAUUCUGGCCAGUCGCUCGCAGUCUCCCAUCAUCUACAUCUGGAACAAGAGCACACUGAAGUUUAUUCUUCACAGUGAAAUACCGUAUGUUGAUGAUGUUGUGUCUGUCAAAGCUUUCCGGGUGGAAGCUGAGUUGUACUUGGCCCUGGCUUGCUACAUCGGUGACUCCAAAGUAAUCAAGUGGGCAAACAAGCAGUUCACAGAGGUUCAGGCUCUUCCUUCUCGAGGAGCCAUGAUCCUCCAGCCUUUCCGCUUCUCAGACAGACAAUAUCUUGCUCUUGGCAGUGAUUACUCUUUCACACAGAUCCACCUCUGGGAUGGGGAGACAAAAACAUUUCACAAGUUUAAGGAUAUCUAUGUACAAUCACCCAGAUCAUUCACUGUGGUGACCACCGACCGGAGGAGUUUCAUCUUUUCCUCCAGCCUUAAGGGAAAAUCGAUGGUUUUUGAGCAUGUAUUUGUAGAUCUAAGCUUGUAAACAAUCCCAAAAUGUAAUGGUCAUCCAGAUCAAUAACGUGUGCAUACUAUAGAGGCCUCACAUGCUAUAUAAUCUUACAAUGUGUAACCUUACAUUGUGUAACAGGUCAGUCAGUAAAAAGGGACUUAUACAGAUAUCACCGCAAAUCAGAUUAAUUGGUUGCCUUUAUCAUCAUCCUGACAAUGGCUGAGUGUUGGAAACCUCAUAAAAGUAAGAAACCUCUUCAUUAAGGGACAUAUAACUUUCAAAACCUAUUAUGAUUGUCUACUAACUUUAUACCUACAAUUGUUCAAAGCUGCACUGGACACAGACCAAACUAAAAAAAAAAACACACAUUUUGGUAGACACAUCAAGUGUUAAAAUGACCUGACCUGGCCUUCAUUUAUUUACACAUAACUACAUCCCAUCUGGGAAAAAAAGCAGUCGCUCAUAGACAAAAAGGUUUCAGAUGCAGCUUGGCAUGCUAUAUUGCUCAGAAAUACCCUUAUUCAAAAAGGUAAGAGAGAGAAGAAACUGUUUCAUGUUUAAGCUAUCUUAUAUAACUCAUAGCAGUCUGACCAAUGUUUAAGAAGUGCAAAAAAUAGGUUUUCAUGUAUAUCAAAAUACAGCAGUGUAGUAGGUAGACUUAAGAAAAUUUAUACUAAGCAAAUGUAAACCAGCUACUGAGUGCCUGAAUAAUAGCUGCAUUCUAACAAAAAACAAGAUAUGUAUGUACAUACCUUCUUCUGACUCCUAUGCAAAACGUGCAACACUGAAUGUUGAAAUUGCAAAAUGUGAACCCUUUUCAUUCAAGAUCUUCUACAGAUUUGUUUACAGUUUGGAAGCUGUUUAUUUUCCACAUAGGACCCCAAACAGUCCUUGUGGACCCAUAUUCAGAUGACAGUCAUACGAUACCAAUUGUACUAGUAUGAAUGCAUAAUUUUUUUUCAUUUGUAUAUUAGAUUUGCGAGGGUGAAAAAACAUUCCCUGUUGCCUUUUCCGUUGUUUUGAUGUCCUGUUUCGCUGUACUGUGUAUACUGUUGUUUAAUUCCAUUAAGCCACAAAGCAAUUAUAAGAAGUGACCUUUUACAUACCUACAACCUUUAAUUAAUUGUAAAAAUGGGUUUGUGAAAAUGCAUUAAAUUCCAUUUAACCGACUAAAUUUUCCUAUUUUGUGUUUAAGUUAUUAUUCUAACCAGAACCUGUAGGAAACUGAACUAAAAUAAA